AUGCAUGCGGACUUCCGCAUGCUCACCUGCUCUCUGGAAGUACUGGAGAAUGAAAUAAAUGAGGUUCCUUUCUUUGAUAUCCAGCUGCCUUAUGAACUGGCACUGAAGAUAUUUCAGUACCUGGGCAAGACUGAAUUGGGAAGGUGUGCUCAAGUCAGCCGGACAUGGAAAGUACUUGCAGAAGAUGAAGUGUUGUGGUACCGGUUGUGCCAACAGGAAGGAUACCUAUUAGAUACGAGCAUCUCUGACCGUUCCUGUUGGAAGCUUGCCCUCAAAAACUGCCGUGCCAGAGAGCGCACUUUGAAAACCAACUGGAAGAACCGUAUCGGUGGUGUGAGCCAGCUGCAAUAUGAGCUGGGAAAAAUUCUUUGUGAUGUACAUUCUUGUGAUGGAGUUGUUAUUGCUGGAUACACUUCAGGAGAAGUGAGGUUGUGGGACACUCGCACCUGGGACUACACAGCCCCCAUCCUGGAACCAGUGCAUGGUCCUGGUGAUGCUGGACCUCGGCCACAUGUCUCCUUUGUGAGGAUAAACAGCUCUCUGGCUGUAGCAGCUUACGAGGACGGAACCGUUAGCAUUUGGAACCUGAUGUUCGGGCGGGAGCCAAUCCAUCAUUACCAGCACAAUCAGAGGAUACAGGCUUUAGCUCUUGGUUCAGAGGGUGCAACAGUAGCAACAGCAUCUGGCUUUGAGGUCAAAGUGGAAAGCCCUAAUGACAGAGGAUUCUGGCAAACCACAGAAACAUUUGAAAUCCAGAAAUUGGUCAACUUCCUUAAUCUGGUUCCAGAUGUUACGGGGAGUCCAGUGACAAUAGCAGCUGCAGAAGAUGUCGUUUAUCUCCUGAAAGUAGAAGAUCCUGGCAAAAUUCUCCAUUCUGUCUAUGGUCAGCCUGUUACAUGUCUUGAUGUGUCUGCUCAUGAAGCAGCCUUUGGGGUCAAAACCUUUGGCUGGUUAUUGAAUGAGCCCAAUCAGAUUCUUCUUUACAAUCUGGAAACAAGUCAGUGUCUGAAGAAGAUGGGCAACUCACUAGGUGACUUUACCUGUGUCAACCUCCAGAACAGUCCUCCAAACAUGCUUGUUACAGGCAAUAAAGACAGAAGGGUCAGGGUGUUCGAUCUCCGCAAAAGUGAAUCUUUGUGCUCCCUCUAUGCCCACCAGUUAGGAGUGUCUGCAGUCCAGAUGGAUGACUGGAAGAUUGUCAGUGGAGGAGAAGAGGGCUUGGUCUGCGUGUGGGACCAACGGAUGGGCACCAAACUCUGGGAAAUGUAUGCCAGACAUCCAGUCCGCCACAUAUGGUUUAAUUCUCACAGCCUCAUCACUGCAAACAUCCCUGAUGAGAAGAAUCCCCGGGGCUCCAGCAUCGUGGCCGAUGACCUAACCAUGCACCGCAAGCAUCGAGGAAUCAUUUAUGCCUACGAGUUCUCAGUGGACCAGUUGGCUGUAGAAAGCAUCCUUCCUAUCUGCCGCUCUUCCUACGAUGAAGUGACUGGUUACAACUACAACAUUGGCCUUGCUGUUCCCUAUGAUAACAUUUAGGUAACUCACUUGGCUUCUUUGGUCCAGCCCUCCGCCAAGUACAUGGUCAAAGGCAACAAGGAGAUCCACAGGGAAAAAACGCCAAAAAGAUGGCGUUGGCUGCAGGCACAACAAAUGGGCUGAGCGUUUGCUGGAAACUUGGGGAUGUGAACCAGAACAGAAAUGGUUGGUCUAGAUGAUCUUCAAGGUCCUUUCCAACCUAGAUGAUUCUGUGAGAAAGUAUGGCUGCCCUUGAGUGUAUCAGUAAAAUAUGUUGCUCUGCAGAUGUUCAAAGGUCCGCUGUGGUGGAAUGGAGAGACUGAAGAGUCAAGGGGAACAGUAUACUUCAGUGUAAACAAAAAUACUCCUUCCCGCUGCUUGUGGGAAAAACACUGCUGCUCUGUCUUGGCAGAGGACACGGCCGGGAAGCGAGAGCCUCGAGUGGCCAGCUGCCGCUGGUGGGGGCCUGGGAGCACACCGAGGAGCUCACGCCUAUCCUGAGAGGGGGAAAAACCCACUAAGGACUUGGAAGAAGCAUCUUGCUGAGCCGCAUGUUUGAAAUUUCUUUCCUUGUAAUGAGCUGCUCAUUCUCCUUUUCCUUGGAGUGCAUCGGAAUGUGUCUAGGAACAGCACCAUGAACAAAAGGUUGUGGUGGUUGGGAGAGGGGGAGGGUGAUGGACAGAGGGAGGGGAAGGUUGGCCUUGUCCAGGCUGGAUGCUUGGAAACUCAGCAGGCCACAUGCAUCAGAAUUAUUUUAAAACAAAUUAUUUUUUUAAAUCUCUAAAAUUCUAGAUUAAAUCUUUUCUAAUUGUUUAUGUACAUGUGUUUGUGGGUUUUCUGUUCAUAAGUCUGUUAGGGUGAACUAGCCCCUGUGUGCUGGAGCAAAAGGCCGUCAUGUCUCAGGUUAGUUGUCAGGUACAUUCUUUGCUGGAUCACACCCUUCCCCAGCACCUGGAGGUUUUUCCCAGGUGGCUGGGACUUGGGUUUCCAACACUGUCCUUGUGUCAAAGCUGGGAAUUGAUCGUGUUGGUGUAAAGAAAGAGAAGGGAUGAACUGUCACAAUCCCUCUGCAUAGGCAAUUAGCAGUAACACUGUGGAGAAGCAUUCUAAGCUGAAGGUAAACUGUGGUACCUCGGGUGAAAACAAUGAGUAAGGCUUUAUCUUAAACCCAAGUUGCACAGACAUAGGUAGAACCGCUUUAGUGAACAAGAGUUCCAGUCCUGCGUGGAUACGUUUUACUGUUCUAAAACUAUUUUAUUGUUGUGAUUUGCCCUGGUAAACUUCCUGGUACAAACCAAAGCCAUGUAAAUUAAGUUUAAAUUGAGGUUAAAUUUUAACUUAACACCUUUUUGCUGGCUUAAUGGAAUCAAUUUACAAGUACAGUUCUGGGGAGGAGCACAGGAAAUGUGCUGGGACCUGCAGGAGAGGGGCUGGCUGGACUAUCCCUUCAGCCCUUAGCCAGUCACUAAGGCAGCCCCUGGGGAGCUUGGUGCUGCCCUCCUGCCUGGAGAGAGACAUCUUUCACAGCUCUUCAUUGUCUUCGGGGUGGUUUUCUGUGACCCCUAGGCCAACUUUCACGUGUGGUUUUUAACAGUUAGCUUUUUCCUUGUGAUGGACUGAUACAGGUUGUGCAAGGGUCAUAGUCACUCAGUCUGACCAAUAAAUUUUAUCUUUCACAAA